AUCAAGCACCUAGGCAUGCAGACUACUUCUACAAACAUUUGUGAAAGAAUGGGUCGCUCUCAAGAGCUCAGUGAAUUCAAGCGUGGUACCGUGCUAGGCUGCCACCUUUGCAAAAAGUCCAUCUGUGAAAUUUCCUUGCUACUAAAUAUUCCACGGUCAACUCCUAAGUGGUGUUGUAACACAGUGGAAGCAACUGGGAACAACAGCAAAUGAGCCACCAAGUGGUAGGCCAUGUAAAAUGAUAGAGUAGGGUCAGCGCAUUGUAAAGUGCACAGUGCUCAGAAGACGACAACUGUUUGAAGAGUCAAUAGGUAAAGACCUCCAAACUUCAUGUGGCCUUCAGAUUAGCCCAACAGUGCAUAGAGAGCUUCAUGGAAAGGUUUCUAUGGCCGA